GCCCCUCCGCCGGGGCCAUUUAGGCCUUGGGCUGGCCAGCCCCAACAUCGCAGUAGUCGCUCAGGCCUCAUCUGCCUACGGCCCGAGGAAAGACGGCCACCGCCCCCUCCGCGUCUCCUUCCCUCCUCCCCACAUACGCCGCACCGCCGGUCCGCAGCUGCCCGCGAAGCGCCGCCGCGGGCUUGAGUCCCCGCCGGUCUCCUUCCUCGCCUCUCUGUGUCCGCGGCGGGUCGGCGCGAUGCGGCUGGGCCCGAGGCCCGCGGCGCUGGGGCUGCUGCUGCUGUGUGCCGUUACAGCCGGCGCCGGGGACGCCGAGGAGCUGCACUACCCGCAGGGCGAGCACCGCAGCGAAUACGACCGUGAGGCUCUGUUGGGCGGCCAGGAAGAAGUCGAUGAGUAUGUUAAACUUACCCCUGAAGAGCAACACAAAAGACUGAAGUCAAUCAUAAAGAAAAUUGACUUGGACUCAGAUGGCUUCCUCACCGAAAGUGAACUCAGUUCGUGGAUUCAGAUGUCUUUCAAACAUUAUGCUAUGCAAGAAGCGAAACAACAGUUUGUUGAAUAUGACAAAAACGGUGACGGUAGUGUGUCAUGGGAUGAAUACAACAUUCAGAUGUACGAUCGUGUGAUUGACUUUGAUGAGAACACAGCUCUGGAUGACGCAGAAGAGGAGUCUUUUCGGCAGCUUCAUUUAAAGGACAAGAAGCGAUUUGAGAAAGCGAACCAAGAUUCUGGUCCUGGUUUGAAUCUUGAAGAAUUUAUUGCUUUUGAGCAUCCUGAAGAAGUUGAUUAUAUGACGGAAUUUGUCAUUCAAGAGGCUUUAGAAGAACAUGACAAAAAUGGUGAUGGAUUUGUUAGUUUGGAAGAAUUUCUUGGUGACUACAGGCGGGAUCCAACAGCAAAUGAGGAUCCAGAGUGGAUACUGGUUGAGAAAGAUAGAUUCCUGAAUGAUUAUGACAAAGAUACCGAUGGCAGGCUUGACCCCCAAGAGCUGUUGUCUUGGGUAGUACCCAAUAAUCAAGGAAUUGCACAAGAAGAGGCUCUUCACCUAAUUGAUGAAAUGGAUUUGAAUAGUGACAGAAAGCUCUCUGAAGCAGAGAUUCUGGAGAACCAGGACUUGUUUCUUACCAGUGAAGCUACAGAUUAUGGCAGACAGCUUCAUGAUGAGUAUUUCUAUCACGAUGAGCUUUAAUCCCUGGGUAGAUCUGAGUAGAGUACUCUGUCUCUUUUAUAAUUUGUUACCAGCUUUACUUUUGUGAUAAAAUAUUGAUGUUAUAUUUUACACUCAAGUCUUAACACAGUCAAAAUGAUCUUAAAUGUAGAUUGUAAUUUUGGCCUUUUAGAAGAACAGAACCAAACCUGGUAUUUAUUUCAAAAUGUAUUGAAGGAAUAAAACAUUAUUGUGCCAUAUGACAACAAAGUCUUUCCUAAAUAUUCCAUCUGUUUAGUACUGUAUCGUGGGAUAUUUGAGUUCUAUUUCCAUACUUGAAAAAAAUGCAGGAUUUUAGAGAUGCCUGAACAAUAUUAUUUAAAUAGUAUGUGACUGAGCUAUCAGUUUUUCUUUUGUUUUAAGUAGAUUUAACUUUGGAACUGACAGAAAGGACAUUGUUUUUAGGUUUAGCAUUUUGUUUUAAAACCUUUAAAGGAACCUUUAGAAGGACUUAUACCUCACAUUUUAAUGUUGAGAAGUUCUGCUUAAUUUUAAAAUGGUUUCUAUAAAGGGUUUUAUUGUAUGAAAUAGAACUAUAUUUUUGCAUAUGUAUAGAUAGUAAUUAUAUUUAAUGUGUAACUAUAGCGUUAUGGUGUGUGGAAUUUGACAUUGUCCAGAACUCUUCAUUUUUGACUGAUUAAAAAUGAAAUGUCCUAUCUUUUUA